AACAUAGUGAGACCCCAUCUCUUAAAAAAAAAAAAAAAGGUCUGUCCAAGCCCAGACAAAGUCUUCACUCCUUCCUGAGGCUCGAGGAAGCCCUCUCUCCCCAGACAUGGCCAAUAAGGGUCCUUCCUAUGGCAUGAGCUGGGAAGCUCAGUCCAGAAUUGAGAAGAAGUACGACGAGGGACUGGAGGAACGGCUGGUGGAGUGGAUCAUAGUGCAGUAUGGCCCUGAUGUGGGCUGCCCAGACCGUGGGCGCCUGGGCUUCCAACUCUGGCUAAAGAAUGGUUAUAAUAAUAAUAAAAAAAAUGGUGUGAUUCUGAGCAAGCUGGUAAACAGCCUGUACCCUGAUGGCUCCACGCCAGUGAACCUGCCCGAGAACCUGCCCUCCAUGGUCUUCAAGCAGAUGGGGCAGGUGGCUCAGUUCCUGAAGGCAGCUGAGGACUAUGGGGUCACCAAGACUGACAUGUUCCAGACUGUUGACCUCUUUGAAGGCAAAGACAUGGCAGCAGUUCAGAGGACCCUGAUGGCUUUGGGCAGCUUGGCAGUGACCAAGAAUGAUGGGCACUACCGUGGUGAUGCCAACUGGUUUAUGAAGAAAGCGCAGGAGCAUAAGAGGGAAUUCACAGACAGCCAGCUGCAGGAAGAAAAGCAUAUCAGGGCAGCAACAGAGGGGCCUCCCAGGCUGGCAUGACAUGCUACAGACGACCUUGGCAGAUCAACAGCCCUGCCCUCCCCCAGCUCCUUGGCUGCAGCCAUCCCGCUUAGCCUGCUUCACACAUACCCAUGUGGUACCUUUAGCUCUGGCCAAGCUUUGAGGCUCUGUCACUGAGCAAUGGUAACUGUAGAUGGGCAGCUCUUCCCCAGUCCCCCCAGCCUCAGCCCAACUUCUUACCCAAAAGCAUCACUGCCCUGGCCCCUCCCUCCCGGCUACCCCUGCCACCUCUACUGUCUCCCCGCCCUGCACCUCCUCUUCCCACCCCCCUGGGCUAAGCAGGGGAGAAGUGGGCUGGGGGUAGCCUGGAUGUGGGGCAAGUCCACUGUUUUCCUUGACGGCAAAAGCCCAUUGAAGAAGAACCAGCCCAGCCUCCCCCUAUCUUUUCCUGGAAUAUUUUUGGGGUUGGAACUCAAAAA